CGCUCAGCUGACGCAGCACCAUAACAACAACAUCCCGGUGCAGCGCUGGGGCGAUUUUUGCUGACAGACUGUAGACUGGGUGGAAACCCGGGUUAGGGUUGUUGAUAACUUUGUAACCCAGCUAGGAAUGGAACUAGGUUAGGACUCACGGAGUCAGUGAGGCUAGAAGGGGAGUCAGCCUGGCGGAAAGUAGGAAUGGUUACUAGCAGAUCAUAGGCCGGUAUUGAGCGUGACACAUGUGUGUAGCUGAUAUUUAUAGAGCUGAAGAUCAGACUUUGUAGAGAGAAGGCAGGGCUAUAUAGACCAAACUAGAAUGGGGUUAGGUAUUGGGGGAGAGGUACAAAAGCAUAAAGGAGGUGAAUGUUGGUUUAGGAAGAGAUAUGUAGACUAAGCAGUUACUUUUUAUAGUGGGUAUCUGCAGAAGUUGAAACUGAAGGCAGGUUAAGUGAGUCAGAUUGUCCAAAGUGUUAUAUCUGAAGCUUGGCUAUAGUUGCCAAUAAGAAUGAUGAUUGAAAGACCGGAAUACCAAAGGUUAAGGUGCUAGUACAAAACUGAGUUCUGGUCAAAGCAUACUGCAAGAGAAUUGUAUGAUUGAUAAAAAUGGUUUGCAGACAUAUGAGUCUUGGAUAAGUGGAAUCAGAAAGUGUUUUUGGGGUGUUAGAAGGGUUUUUAAACUCCCAGAGGAAUGUUGCGAAGAGACUCAGGAGGCACCAGAGUUUGGCUACUUGUAUUUAAUUCUUGAACAUAUACAGGAUCUUGAAGAAGCAAUAAAACUAGAAUCAUAGCCCAUCUGCCCAAGUGAUGUUCGCCAGUACAUGUGGGUCUACAGUUUCAGAAAUCGGAAGGAUGCAGAGAGAGGAUGUCACACCUUUGGCUUCAGGAGAUUUAGACUCCAAUGAAGAGAGGGCUGGCCGGGUAUUUGGAGCCUCUGAAGAGGAAAUUAAGAAAUUGGAGGCUGAUCUUCAACUUAGACUGCAGGAAUGGGGACCCGUUCUUACUGCAGGGCAGCGGUUGUUGGUUUGGGAGAGACCUUUACCAAGUCUGCUGACAGCAGGGGCUCUGCACGGAACAUUUUGGCUGUUCUCGUAUCUGUCUCUGCGGCCUUUCUUUCUCAUCAGUUUGUUCCUGUUUGUUCUCCUGGGAUUAGAGCGCUGGAAACCGUUUCUACUCUCUUACUGCAAAGAACCAGUUCGGGAGGAUUCCUCCAGUGACAGUGAAUCUCUGGCAGCCGUUGGAGGAGCAGAGCAGCAUCGCCUGCUCAGUGUGUCUGAACUGUGCCACUGUAUAGUAGAGAGCUGGCUUACUUCCUUGCAGUAUAUGCAGGAACUGCAGCUGUACAAGAGGCAGAACCCUGGCAAGUUUUGUGCAGUGAUUUGCUUGGGCUGUGCAGCUCUAGCUGUUCUCGGACAUUAUGUGCCAGGCAUUAUGAUUUCCUACAUUAUUCUACUCAGCAUAUUAUUGUGGCCGCUAGUUGUAUAUCGAGAAUUAAUCCAAAAGAUGUACACCACUCUGGAGCCUCUUCUAAUGAAGCUUGACUACAGCAUGAAAGGGGAAAGGCUGCCCAGAACACAUAAAAAGAGGCAGACCAAGAAGGAACCUGAAGAAGGACAGCAGCUGGUUGCUGAGACGGACAGUGAAAGUGAGAUUGAGCUGUCUGGAUUCUCUCCUGAGAUGGAUGUGCGAAUAACAGCUCUGGCUUUGUCUAUCACGGACUCAGAGCUAUCAGAUGAGGAAGCCUCUAUUCUGGAAAGUGGAGGAUUUUCAGUUUCUAGAGCAACUACUCCACAGCUGGCUGACAUGGCAGAGGAUUUUGACUCGCCAAAUACAGUAACUGAGGGGGUGGUACCUCCCACAGAACCCACUAACCUCCACUCACCGCCUUUGUUGGGUCAUAAGGAAGGUGAUUGCAAACCUUUACCAGAAGCUGAGACUCAACCUUUACUGUCACCACCCUUAACCUUAGAUCCGAAAGAACUGUUGCCCACAUUGGCUUCCCCACUUCACUUUGUUAACACUCACUUCAAUGGGAAAGGUCAAGCUAUUGGACAUGAUAGUGAAAUUCAUGCCCUAAGUGCAGGAAUGGUGAGUAGUGUCAUUGCCAAUGCCUUGCAGAGCCCCCUUGUGUCAGAUGUAACCUUGGAACAUGCACUUCCUGAAGCACAAGAGCAAGGAGAGGCUGAGGAUUUUGAGCUACUUGAGCCAGGAGAGCUAGAUUUGAUGCAGAAAGAGCUAGAAGAGGCUGAAAGGCAAAAAACUGGCGGAUCUCUCACCUCAGCAUCUUCCCAGAUAGGAGAGGACGAGACCUCUUCAUCCUAGUUCUGCGGGUCACCAUAGAGGAUCUGUAUGUGUCACUGAGAGGAACCGGAGCUUCCCUCCUACUUCCUGUGCACAUGAUUCCUGAUAGGUAGCUCUGGAGUUUUAGCAGCUUUUUAAAUGUUUCAUUUUGGGUAUUAAAGCACUUUGUCAUAUUGGGCAUUGGCUUGAAGCACAGUGCAUUACCAGCCUUUUCUGCACAGAAAGGGAUUAUAUCCAGACAAAACACCCCCUUUUUUAAUUUUACACAUCAUAAAUAUACUUUUAGUAUUAACACUUUAAUUUUACAUGUUUGUUUCCUCCAAAAAUGCUACCAACAUAUACAGUUGCUUGUUUUUUUGUAAGUGUUAUGUAUGGUAGGUUACAGUUUUGUGAAUUGUCAUUAUUGUAAGGUUGUUUCCUCUGCCUUUGUUAUAAAAAAAAAAAAAAAAAAAAGGUUAAUUAUUUUGCUGCUUGAGGGAAAUGCAGGGUAAUGUACCCCUCUGGAAGCAAACGCAUUCAAGGGCAUUGAUUUCUUAAAGUUAGCUAUUACCAGCACAACCCCAGCAGUGUAGGACGCAGUUUCACUUUAAACAGGGCUAGAACUUAAUAACUGUUUGGGAUGAAUAUGUAUGUGUGGACAUGUACACACACAAAUAUCUCAUCCAACCUUGCGUGGGAGACAAAAAUAUUUAUUGAAAAAGAAAAAAAAAAUCUUAUCUAUCUUUUGAAUAAGGUACUGUUUUCUUAAGAAUCGAAGAUCUAGAAUCCUUUAAACUAGAGUAUAAUAUGAUGGCAUUUAAAAGUUCUCUUUUCUCACCAGAGCAAGAAAAAAAUCCACUACACUUUUUAUACAAAACCCAAGGUAUUUAUAAGCAAAGGUCAAUUUUGAUUCCUACUGCAAUAUAUAAUUCAGAAGAUUAUUUGCAUCUCCUAAAAUGUAGCAUUAAGAACAUGUGUCAAAAGUGUUUUAGCUAUAUGGUUAACUUUAAUUUUGUCAGUGUUUUUCCAAUGUGUGUUAAACAGAAACACACUCUUUUUACAUGUCCCUACAGAAACUGGUAUACAAAAAACAUUAUGCAGGAAUAGUUAUACUUAGUGCAAACGAACCAGAGAAUUAAAACAGGUUUCUGCGUGUUCUAAAAUUAUUCACAUCCCUUUUCUUGUAUGUGUAUGAAUAUGUGAGUACAUGUGCUGGAAACUAAAUGUAAAGAAACACUGGGGUGAGUGGAUACAGGUAUGUCUGCUUUUAGGUAUGUACAUAUGUGUGUAUAGGGUAUACUGUAUAUUUACUUGUUUAUCAAAUUUGUUUGUAUAAGUCUGUAUUUCUGUGUGUGUGUGUAUAAGUAUGUUUGUCUAUACAUAAUAAGUAUGUAUAUGUGUGUAUAUUGUACAAUAAAAUGACUAACCCUAAAACAAUUUAUUUAAAGUUUGCUCAUGUGCCCAAACCCCCUUAAAAUAAUUAAUAAACUUGUUACACAUUU